GGUAAUAUACAUAACGUGACGACGGCGUCGGUGGUGACGGCGAUUGAACCAAAUUUUGACGGCAGAUCAAUUGCGGCGCGAUAUUUUUUUUCCGGUGGGAUACUUUUGUCCAUGCACCACCACCUUGGGUUUGAAUUGGUUCAGCAAAACAAUACCGUGUAUCGACCCAUGUCGUUAUAGUACUUUAUUACCAAGGAUUUGCGAACUGCUUCGGUGCGGGUUAGUGAGUAAAUGAAUUCAAAAAGCAGUUCAUAUCCGUAGAUACAUUUAUAGCAGCUGGUACGAAGCCAAAACGAUUAAGCUUAGCUUCGGCGAAUAACGUUUGCCGUGCACGGUUCCAUGGACGAUGAUCCGGCUCUAGUAUAGCUGCGACGGCAGAACUAAAUCAGUGCUCUAAUCAAACCGUUCGAAACAAUAAUAAAAUAUUUAUAAGGAUUCACCCGGGGAUUACGGGGCACCGUUAGUUGCAGAACAUCGAGCCAAAGGGAAGACAAAUAAUCUCAUCAAAUUAAAUCUGAUUAAUUGCAGAAACAUAUUUUCCAUUUUUUUUGGUUCAAUUCUAAGUCUGUACCGUUCGGUUUUUUCUGUUGUUGCUGGUUCUGGCGUUGCUCAAUGGAACCAGCUAGGACCAAAGUGCAGUCGGUCUAAUGUGGGUCACUUUUUCCGUAGUUGCAAAAAAAAAGCAGAAACAAUACUAAACCAGCGGGUAGAGCAAAUUUAGUGGACCAGGGACAAAGUAUUCUUUGUAGUUUGAAUUUCAAAGGAUUAAUUAAAUUCAUUUAAUAUAAUUAAUCUGUUUUGCGCUUAUCUCCGUCGGCUCCUGUCAGCAGCAACAGUUCGCCCGUUGCCCAUCGGAGAAAGUGUAGGGUGAUGAAGCAAGUGAAAAAUAAGUAAAUUAAUGUCCGCUCCUUAAAUGGGAUUAUCCGAGUUUUACCGCCCCUCGAAGUAGUAACCAUAGAAGGGAAAUCGUCGCCUUUUUAUUUCCUGUGGUAUACUCACCCGUCGUGGAAGCAUUGUUGUUUUGGUCGAAAUGAAGGAAGUACAGAAAAGCGCGUGACCAAGACCAAGGAAAGUGAUUCCCCUGCCACCGUACCAACCGCAACAGGACUUUGCCGGGUUUGUUUGGUUUUCUUUUCCGACUCUGUCCAUCACGGUCGGAACGUCGGAAAAAUUAUGAUGCUCGUCGGUGUGUGAAUAAAUUGUCUUCCCACUGCAAGACGACAGGACGACGGCGGUGUGGUGACUGUUGGUGGUUCCUUCCGUGAGGAGAAGUGGCCGGAAAUGAAAUUUAAGUGAAACGAGCUUUGCUUGGUUUUCCUGUCAAAGGAGUCGAAACAAGAAGAGGGGCACAAAGCGUAAAUUGAAGGAAGCAGCACAGUGAAGAAAUAUUGUUAUAAGCCGGCUCGGUAGCUUCCCGGUUCCCUUCCGGCGCGACGGUGCUGCGGGCGUGAGAAAUGGUGGAAGGCAACGAGCGAGAAAAAUUAACGGGAAAAUCCGCCUGUUAGUGAGAAGUGUGAUUUGGUGGAAAAUUAAAUUAAAGUGGUAUAUUUUGUGAGCCGAUUUUUUUUCCUUGUGAGUGCGGAUGUUCAUCCUGGCUUAGUAGAGCUGAGCCGAGCAAAGCAGUACGUACGAGUUCCAGCGCGAAAGAGUAAAAAAAACAAGAUUCCAUUCUCAUGGUUUCGUCGUAGUCCAUAAAUCACUUCCACCUGAAGGCAAUGCGCAAACAUGUGUGUGACAACGAGAAUUUAUCUGUCUGCGCUAAGUGAAACGGAAAAUCCUCUUCGAAAACCACUUUUUAUCAAUAUUCACAAAACAAUAAAAAUAAAAAUAAAACAAAAUCAUCGUAAUUGAGCACCAUAGCAUUUUACUACGUAGAACUUUGAAUACACUCUGGCAACGGUGCAAAUUUUUCCAAUUCUGACACCUUCUGAAACUAGCUGAGCUUCGGAACAACAAUCCACUCAACCCAUCCGGCAUCGGUUGAACGAGUAGGUCUCGUAUGUAGUCGUCGUCGGUGCAUUCAAUCAUCUCCUUAGCCAUCCCGGGAUCCUAACGACAGGCGGCAGUAGCUCUCGAGACAAGUGCCAUCAUUCGAAGCAACAACAACAACAACAGUAACACACAAAAUAAAAAGAACAGUAAGAAAAGAGCUAUCGAGUGAAAAGUAAACGGUGCGAAGAAGUGUGAAUGUGGAAAAUUGUUCACCAAUCCAGUGCCAGUUCUGGUUAAGUUUGAAAAGCGAGGGAGAAAACGUCUCCCGGAAUCGCUAGUGUCUCGGCGAAAAGAGUAGCAAAUAGCAGUACACAAUCGGAAAAGUGCGCUCCGCGAUGGGAAAAAUGAAACACCGCAUAGCAUUCAAAUUUAAUCAAGUGUUUCAUAUAAUAUUUAUCAAUAUCGUUAUUGCGCAGUUCACACUCGGAUUACAGCAAACAACGACCGACAAGGAGAAACAUGUGAAAUCGUCCGAAAUCCAGGCGGUGGAAGGAAGAAAAAUUUCCCUUCCGUGUCCGUUAUCGGCCCCAUCCAGAGAUAAGGUCUACAUGGUGCUCUGGUUCAAGGACGAUGCCGGUAUCCCGUUGUACAGCUUCGACGUCCGGGGGAAACCGCUCCAGCAAGCCCGACACUGGUCAGCACCAGAAAGUUUCGGUCCACGAGCGCAUUUCAACACCGACACGGAUCCGGCCACGUUGGACAUCCAGGAUGUUCGACGACAUGACGAGGGUGUCUACCGCUGUCGAGUUGACUUUCGUACCAGUCAAACGCAGAGCUUUCGAUACAAUCUCAGCAUCAUUAUUCUACCCGAACAUCCGGUAGUGCUGAACCAGUGGGGUCAACAGCUCAACAGUUCAAAGCUGGGUCCUAAGGAGGAAGGCGACGACAUCGUACUGACCUGUCGAGUCGUGGGAGGUCGGCCUCAACCAUCGGUCAAGUGGCUUAUCAACGGUAUCCUGGUGGAUGAACAGUACGAGCAUAAUUCCGGCGACGUAAUCGAAAAUCGGCUUCUCUGGGCGGCGAUUCAACGGUCCGAUCUGAACUCGAUAUUUACCUGCCAGGCAACCAAUACCCAGCUGGCGGAACCGAAAGAGAGCAGCUACGUGCUGGAUUUACAUUUGAAACCACUGAGUGUGAAGAUAAUGAACCCGUCGACGCCGUUGGUUGCCGAUCGCCGAUACGAAAUCUCCUGCGAGAGCGUUGGUUCGAGGCCAAAUGCGAUUAUAACCUGGUACAAAGGAAAGCGACAAUUACGCCGGGCAAAGGAGGAAAUCCUCAACAACACAACCCGCUCAGAGCUGAGCUUCGUUCCAACCACGGAAGACGAUGGCAAGCUGAUAACGUGCCGGGCCGAAAAUCCAAAUGUCACGGGGCUGUUCCUGGAAACCUCCUGGAAGAUUGAAGUCGUUUAUCCUCCGAUUGUUUCGCUGCGGCUCGGAUCGACACUCUCGGCUGAGGACAUCAAGGAUAGUGACGAUGUUUACUUCGAGUGUCACGUUCAGGCGAAUCCUCCAUGGAGGAAAUUGCACUGGCUACACGACGGCGUAAUGAUAACUCACAACGCUUCCGCCCGUGUUAUCCGCUCCAACCAGAGCCUGGUGCUGCAGAAGGUAAACCGUAACUCGUCCGGAAAUUACUCGUGCAGCGCAAUCAACGCCGAGGGUGAAACAGUCAGCAAUCAGCUGGCACUACGGAUCAAGUACGCUCCCGUGUGUGCGACGGAGAAAAUCAUCAUCGUGGGAGCCUUCCGCAGCGAAUCGCUGCACAUUCCCUGCGAGGUUCAGGCUGAUCCGCCUCCGCGACAGUUCUUCUGGAAGUUCAACAAUUCGGGCGAAACGCUGGAAAUCGCCAAAGAGCGGUUCGUUAAGAACGGUUCGCUAAGCCUCCUAAGCUACACGCCCGUCUCCGAUCAGGACUACGGGACGCUGACCUGCUGGGGACAGAACGAGGUGGGCCUGCAGCAGUGGCCCUGCUUCUUCCAAGUGGUGCUCGCCGGAUUGCCAUCGACGGUGAAAAAUUGUACGAUAAACAAUCAAACUCACAACUCGGUGGAAGUGCAGUGCAUUGCCGGGUAUGACGGUGGUUUGCCGCAGAUUUUCAUGCUCGAACUGGUUUCGAGCAGAACGGGGAGACUGAGGUACAACGUUACCAACCCGGACGAACCGUAUUUUGUGAUAGAAUCGAUGGAAUCACUCAUCCACUACAACAGUCUCUAUGAUGAUCUGGGAGACGACAAUGCGAUCAAGGCCGUUAUCUAUGCCGUUAACCAGAAAGGAAGGAGCCAAGGUGUUGUCGUUAAAGAUUUUUAUCUCGAGACCACGACCACAGAAAAUCGUGCCGUUCUCACAAGCAGCUCGCUGGACAACGUUUCACCGAUUCUGUUCGGUGUAUUGCUCACUUUGCUGGUACUGUGUUUCGUCAUAUUUGUGCGUGUUUACUACAUCAAAGCCACAACAUCCUCGUCCACAAUCACGAAUGUAAACAGCGAUCUGGUUAGCAACACAAAGCAGCACGGAUCCAAACAGGACCAGUCUUCCAAGAAAAAUGCCAAACAGAGUCCUCGGUGGCAGCAUGGUGCUGGAGGAGCAGGAAGCGGAACAGGAGGAGGUGGUGGCGCAGGAGGUACCGGCGGUGGAACAGGAGGUGCUGGGGGCGGCUCUGGAGGUCCAUGUUCCGGAACUAGUGACCAUCAGCGCGGUACAGGCGUUGACAGCAAAGCCAGGCCUGACCAGUCGGACGACGAUAGAGGCGAUCCGGACGUGAUUCCGGCGCAGUACGUGUCAAACGACGGGGAAGAUUCCAGUUUCAAUUCGUCCAAAUGGCCUAAUGGGAGCUAUUACGACCGAUACCCGAAUCAUGAUAUACGGCCAACAGAGCUGCUGAUACCCCCGGUGGGCCGUACUCAUCACAUCGGGAGCGUUGGUACCGGGCUCGGUGGCACUGCGAUAUCCACCCCUGUGGUAAAUCAAUUACAUCCGAAUAUUAAUCAAUGUGGUGACCCCUCGGCAGGCCUUAAGCUCGGAGCGUACUAUACAUCGGGAACGGGUGCAGUGGCCGCACUGGGCCCCCCGGUAGCGACCGGUCCGACGAUAGCACUGUACGGCACCGGGCACCAUCAAUCAGGCGGCCUAUUACCCAACGGUGGACCGGACAGCGGAACUGGAGCGCAAGGGAUAAAUCCGAACGAUUACGACAUCAAUGUACAUACCAUCAAAAAUAUGCUAAUGACCACUAGGGUACCGGAGAGCUGUGUUUAGUUGUUGUUCCUCAAUGUGCAGGCAACGAGCAAACAGGAAAAAAUCCUGAACUUCCUCGAUCGUGUGCAGAUCUUUUCUGCGUGUUUGUAUUUUUGAGUGUAUGUAUCAAAGUGAAUGAUAGUCUUAACGUUAGAUUAGGUUAGUAUUAGAGUGGCUUUAACCAGAGUGACGACAUCUAAUCCGUAAUGUUGGCAACAAAUCAUAACGUUGAAUCCGAAAUGUUGCCAGUUUCGUUAGUUUUUACAUUGUAUUUGACAGGUCGUUUACUUGUUUGGAACAAAGCUGGCAUGCCAAACGAACAGCCGUCAUCACUCCGGUUUUAGGCACUAUAGUUAGUAUAAAUUCAACUAGAGAGUGGCAAAUGGACCUGUCAUUUAGCAAAGCAACUUGUUACAUAUUGAAUCAGACCGAAAUGUUGGCACAGAGCUUGGCCUACUUUGCGGACAAACAUGAUAGUAUCCAGCAUAUUGUGACAGAACAACGAUUGUAGUUCUAUUGACCAUCUAUCGCAAAAUUAAUUUUACCAGAUUGUAUUAUUUGAACUUAUUUUAUUUUAAUUAUUUGAUAGAAUUUCAAGUAAACAUUGUAGAGUUCUUUGAUGAAUUGAUCAUUUGAAUCGGACCAUACUUCAAAUGACAGAUUUCUCGAGAAUAAGUCUCGGUUGAUUUUUCAGAAGCCAGUAAGAGCAAGUGACAGUUUCAUGUUGUUUGCUUUGCUUGUUUGUGAUGUGAUUAUUAAGAUUUUCUAGAAUUUCACAGUUCGAUAGUCCCACGACAAAAGGGGCUAACUGCAAAUGAGAGUCUCUCUUUGUUUACUUUCUCUUUUGAUUAUUACGCAGCCAUUAUUGCAAAUUCUCUAAAGUUUCCAAUAUAAAUCGAAAGCUUGUAGUUUUACCUUGAAAGUUUUUCGAAGAGUAAAGCAUCGAAUAAAAUCAGUGUGGUAAAUCGUGAAAGAAAAAGUAAACAAAGAGAAAUUGUCAUUUGCAGUUAGGCCCUUUUGUCGUUUGAAGGUCGAGUUCUGUUUGAAAGUCGAAGGUCUCGGGUAUCACUUUAUGCAAAGAGUUGAGUGAUAAACGUGGAAACCUCUAGGUAAUUGAUAGAAGAGAAAGUAAACAAAGAGAAAUUUUCACUUGCUCUUACGGUCUUCUGGAAAAUAAACCGAGAAUUCAAUUUAUUCCACCACAGAUAAAGGCUUUUGUUUUCGAAAUCCUGUGUAAAUUUCAGAUUUGUUAUACACUACUGCCACCUACUCAACUGUUCGCCGCGAGCCUUUAAAACGUUCCAUUACGUUCCGGAAGGAUAACAAAAUUCUACUGUCUUUUAUAAAAACAUUUCAACUACAGCAACUUGAACAUUACUCACAUGAUUUCCCUAAAUGUAAAAAAACAACUUUUAUUCCGAAACUAGUCAGUACACGGCGAGCAAAUUUCCCUCCAGACGGCUUUGAAUCGGUUCUACAUUUUUAGGGUCUUGGAAAAUGUUAUGGAAAAUGUUAGUGCCAAUAACAUUGCUUUAUCACUACCAAACAUACCCAUAUUUCAAUCUCAUUUACUUCGUCUUAAGAUUCGUUUUUUGUACGUACAUGCGGGAUUGACGAAUAUCAAAUGAAGUCUAAUAAAAAAAAAGAAAAAAGAAGGAAGAGAGCAAUGAACAAGACACGUACGGCGAGAUAAUGACGCAAUUUCGCCUGCACAAUUUUGACAGCAGCCGGAAUUCAACCAGUCUUCUGACGGUUGUCAGAUUUCCUCACAAGCAGGCAACAGUGAAACAAAACAUUUUCGUGAAUUGAAAGUAGCACCGAAAAAGUUUCGUAAUGAGAAUGAUGCACCCAACAUAGUGUCGAUCGCGAUGACAUCUACAGGUGUUCGCGACGCUGCUUGAGCAAAUUUUACACUCAGUUUAUAUACAAGUUUGUAUAUCUGUUUUCUGUGAUUCUACUGAACGAUCAAAUGAUAAAUCAGAGAUUUACUUUUUCCACCGCAACAUCUAAAUCUUCGCACAACUUUCAAACCAAAUUUACAAACUUUUUCAAUGGUUCCGUAGCAUUAGGUAGAGUACUAAACAAACUCUCAUUCACAAAUAGACCAGCCAAUUAUAAUCGUUUCCUGAAUCUCGGCACAGCUUUGAACAGCCAAAUGUUCGUUAAUUUUAUAUCGAUAUCAAAUCUGUACGUUGCAUAUCGUCAACAUAUCCGACGACAGCUAACAUACGGUAUUUUGCAGUCCUUAAAUAAUUAAAAAAAACUAAUGAUUGCAUUACUGCUACUUACGUCACGAAUUUCCACGUCGAUUGAAGCUAAUAUUUUAAUAACAUGUUUCACUUUAUAAACUGCACUUGUGAACAACAUUCAGUUUUAAACAGAAACAAAAUUGCUAUUAUAACAUUUCACCGAAUUAUUGAUAUCUAUAAACUGUUUACCAAGAUUUUAGUCACAAAUCGAUAUUUCAGAGAAAGGUUAUGGUAAUUUGCAAAACCAUGCAUCGACAUAACAUUUAGAAUUGCAAAUGGUUCGUUUUAAAGUAACUAUUUGGUUUCUGAUCAAGUUUAAAUGACAUAUAGUUGAUACUUUAAAUUUCGACGAUAUAAUCGUAUGAGCGGCUUAACCGACAAAUCACACUAUUUUUCGAACAACUUCAUUUCCUCCAGCUCGUUUCAAAACUUCGAAAUAUCCUAUCGUAUAAAUAGCGUACACACUUAAGUUUUAUUGCUGAAUUUCGGCGAUAAAAGUGCCGUCAUGUGUACCAACGUUCUGAUUGGUAAUUAUCUCGGCAAAACGCAUAAUUACUGAGAAUCUCAGUAAUCCCAAAUUUCCUAACUGACAGCUCUUGACGAAAUUGUCAGCAAUAGUUUUACCGUUAGCUCGGCAAAAGCGCUCAUGAAUUGCCUUGUCAUCAGUAAUGGAGCGUACAAAAGAAUUUUACUUUAUUGUUUGAAAUAAUUAACAUAGAAGCUGGGUUUGUUGUAAGGAAUGUAUUGUCGUGAAUACGCCCUGUAUAAGAAUGGGUAGAACUUAAUCGUGAAUAUCUUUUGUUGUAUUCAACGUAG